ACUGCUUUAUCAAUGGAGCCCCGGAUUCCCCACAACAUCACCGUUGUCCCCAACUCUGUGAUGGUCCAGCCCGGGCGGCUGCAGCAUCCGCUCACCAUCCUGCCAAUUGACCAAAUGAAGACCACUCACAUAGAGAACGAUUACACCGACAACCCCACCGCUUCCCAGCUGGCAGCCCAGAAGCGUCCCCGAGGUCCCCAUGAACUGGUCCUGACCAACCAGCACCUGCAGCGCUGUGAGCAGGAUGUCACCCACCCCUGGAUUUCGUUCAGCGGGCGCCCCAGCUCCAUCAGCAGCAGCAGCAGCACGUCUUCAGACCAAAGGCUCUUGGACCACAUGGCCCCGGCACCUGUGGCCGAGCAGUUAUUUUGCAUUCAGCCCAAGGUGAUUAACUGCAAGCCCCUGGACCUGAAGGGACCUGUGUCUCAGGAACUCGACAAGCACUUUCUACUGUGCGAAGCCUGUGGGAAAUGCAAGUGUAAGGAGUGUGCGCUGCCCCGGACGCUGCCUUCGUGCUGGGUGUGCAACCAAGAGUGCCUCUGCUCGGCACAGAACCUGGUCAACUACUCCACCUGCAUGUGUCUCGUCAAGGGCGUCUUCUACCACUGCACCAACGAGGACGACGAGGGCACGUGUGCCGACCACCCCUGCUCCUGCUCCCACUCAAACUGCUGUGCCCGCUGGUCCUUCAUGAGUGCCCUCUCCCUGGUGCUCCCUUGCUUGCUCUGCUACCUGCCAGCCACCGGCUGCGUCAAGCUGUCCCAGAGAUGCUACGACCAAGUGAGCCGGCCUGGAUGCAGAUGCAAAAACACAAACAGUGUCAUUUGCAAGGCAUUGCCGGAGAGCAAAGGAAGCAGGCCAGAAAAGCCCUUUUGAUAGUUUGGGAGGACGGGGAGCGGGAGGA